AUGGACUCUCCCACGCACGACCCUGCCCAUACGGGGGACCUUGGGGAGCCCAUCAAACCCCGACAGCUCCCCUCAGAUCUUCCGACAUCACUAGAUGAUAGAAGGGCACCGCCGACGAUAGGGGAGGAGACUGAGAUCUAUGACGCAUGGCAGGGGCAAUCGCAGUUUCUGACAACGCCAAUGCCUGCCCGCCCACUCAGCUUCAACCUUUCCCUAGACGACCCGAGUUUUGGUGGGGACGAAGAUAUCCAGCAGCUCGAAGACAGCGACAGUCGGCUUGUACAAAUGCUUGCUCACCAAGCCCGUCUUAAGAACGAUAACUCGGGAGAUGAGGCCAAGGUAGUUGCAGACGACAAACUGUCGCCUGACGAAAAGCGAGAGGCUUUACAAGGGCUACUUACCCUAGCGGCGUCCAACGGCGAAUUGGAGAGGGUGCAGCGACUCCUAAACGGAAAGGCUAGGGAGUACAUCGAUAUCAACGCCGUCGAUGCUGAGGGUACGCCUCCGUUAGUUUACGCAAGCUGUUUUGGACACGAAGAUGUCGUUGAAACACUUGUCGAAGCGGGCGCGGAUGUAGACAAACAGGACAAGAACCGCUGGAGUCCCUUGAUGUGGGCCAUGACCAACAGACACAAGGGUAUCGUGAAAUUACUACUCGACCACGGCGCUUCGCCUGAGAUCAAAUCAUCUACGGGGAGGACUGCCUUCGACUUUGUUGAACCGAAUAGCGAACUGUCCGACUACCUCCAUGAAAGUGGCUACUCCAUCGGCAAUGCUGGCGUUUCGGACGACUUUUACAACUCGGGUUUCUCUCAAGAUCGCUUCGAGGAAGAAAUGGCUGAAAAUGAGAUGAAACGCCGAAUGAUGAUGGAAAGCGCUUUCAACCUCGAAGUCGACCUUGGCAAUUUAGGACUCGAUGAGCAGCCAGAGACACCCGAAGAGCAAGAAGAGGUACAGGAAUUCAUUUGGGACCGCUGCCUCAAUGACCAAAUGUUCGUAUUCCAGGAAAAUGAACUGGAUCGAAUACUCGACAUUAUCAUCACCAACAUGACGCCUCAACGCUCACCUACGCAAAAACCAGUCCCAGCGAACAUCCUGUUCCUCAGUGCCCGCUAUGCACACUAUCAUUCAAGUGCCGAAUUACUAGAAACGUUGCUAGUCUCCGCUAUGGACAAGAUCAAUGAUGUUGUUGAAAAGCAUCAGUGGGACAUGACCGUCUUGGCAUUUUGGUUGUCCAACGCCACACUAUUGCUUCACUACUUGAAAAAGGAUACAGGGCUGCUCCAGGCGACGACCGAAUUUCAACUACAAAUGGCAGAGCUCAUUAAUGAGAUAUUCAUACUCAUCAUUCGCGACGCCGAACGCAGAAUGGAUAAGGCCCUUGAUCAGGCCAUGUUGGAGCAUGAGACAAUACCGGGUUUUGAAGACGUACUAUUCCAACACGAAUGGAAGAUAUUCCGGACGAAGGCGAAGGUCAAGCCCCCUGAGCCUAUCGAGAAGCGGUUUAGGCCCCCGUCUCCGAAGCGCAGAGCGCAGCCCUCUCCUCGGAACAUAACAUCUCUGCUAUCAUCGACCCUAUUCGUGCUGGAUCUCUAUGAUGUACACUCAGUCAUCACUGCCCAGAUACUUUCCCAGCUUAUUUACUGGCUCUCAGCAGAGCUCUUUAACCGGAUCAUGUCCAACCGUAAAUACUUAGCACGCACCAAAGCUAUGCAGAUUCGGAUGAACGUGUCCACCCUGGAAGACUGGGCACGAUCGAACAACCGACAACCAGAACAUUACGAAAAUGGCUCGAUGCAGUCGACGGGCGACAACACUGUCGAUUCAGCUAAACGUCAUCUUGAGCCGCUCGUGCAACUCUUGCAAUGGCUUCAAGUCUUCUCCUCGUUUGGCGAGGAUUUAGAGGCACUUGUCGGCACAUUACAACAGUUGCCACGCCUGACACCUCAGCAGCUCCUGCAUGCUGCCAAAUACUACCGACCAGAGGUUGGCGAGAAAGGACUGCAUAAAAGUGCGUCCAAGUACAUCGCACAUCUCCAAAAGGCAGCGGCGGAGCGCAAAGCCGCCCGGGCAAAGUCACCAAAUCCACCACAUCAAGCCGAUUCGGCUCCAACCACACCUGUGAAGUCGAAUUCCACGCAGCCCAUUACUUCUCCAUCGCCAGCACCAUCGAGGAUGUCGGAAGAGGAGAAAGAGGAUGCGCCUGAUGACCUCCUUUUGGACCCUUCCUACAUGCUACCUUUUAGUCUUCCCACAUCCACAGACAUGCUGAUCACCUAUGGUGCCGGAUUUGGUGGAGUGAACAAGGAGCGAGAAAGGAAAUACAUACCUACAAUACCUCCGGAAUUCUUGGCCAAGCUGGAUCUGAGCAGUACCAAGCAUAGCGGGGCGAUGUACGAGGACACGCGAUGGACUGAGCAGAAUUACGGCUGA